GUAGUUUUAUUAAUUAUUUUAUACAAAAAAUUUAUACAAAAUGUGUUUAGGGCUAAAGUGAAAAAAUAUGUACAUGUAAACAAAGCCGAAGAGAGAAAAAACGUCAGCAAACAUAAACAAACAAAUAUAUUUUUAUACACACAUUCAUACAUACAAACAAAGAAGACUUCAAAAUGAGACCAAAAAUCGACAAGGAUUUACUGCCUAUGAAGGCUCAUUAUUUUUUAUUCAAUGCUGGUACUGCACCUGUUGUACCAUUUAUGCCCACAUUGGCUAAACAAUUGGGCUAUUCCAGUGUGGUUGUGGGCACAAUGUAUACAAUAUUGCCUAUAAUAGGCAUGAUAGCAAAACCAAUAUUUGGUUUUAUAGCAGAUCGUUAUCAACGUCAUCGCAUGUUAUUCAUCAUAUCCGAAAUUCUUACCGCCGUUGCCUUUUUCCUCGUCAUGUUCACCCCAGCCAUACCGAAAGAACCCAUAGCCGUUGAAUUCCACUGUCAUGCCGGUGUCACUGAUCUGCGCUACUGCAAUGAAUUCGACAAAUGCAUGGACAAUGAUUUAAAAGAGCACUAUGCCAAUCAAACGCUCAACUGUCAGCUAAACUGUCAGGCCAAACCCUUUAUGUGGGAUAUAAUCUGUGAAAACUGGUUAAAUUCCACAAAUUGUAUGGCCAACACCACCACCAGCCUGGACCUAAAGACCACUGUAAAUAUGGGUCACAUGAAUGUGGAGGGCUCUUGCAUGUUCUUUAUGAUACCUCAUAUACAAGGUCAGAUAAAUGAUAGAAAUGUCAGCAUGUAUUGUCCCAAGGAUAAGGAUUAUUUCAAUGCUUCCUGUACAAUGGAUUGUAAAGAUGAGUUUUUGAAUAGUAAACUGGGUCUAAGUCCGGUUAUUAAUAAUAAAUCGGCCAUGGGAUUAUAUCAGUUCUGGUGGUUCUUUGCCAUGUUGAUAAUAUCAUGGAUUGGUAUGGCGGCGGUUGUGAGUAUAGGUGAUGCCAUUUGUUUUGGCAUUUUGGGAGAGCGAGCUCAUUUGUAUGGUAAACAGCGUUUGUAUGGCUCUGUGGGUUGGGGUAUUUUCUCCAUAAUAGCUGGAGUUUUGGUGGAUAAAAUGUCCAAGGGUGUGGAUAAGGAUUAUACGAUAGUAUUUUGGAUGACUUUGGUGAUUAUAGCUUUGGAUGUGGUGGCGUCCAUGAAGUUGAGGCACACCCAAACUCAUCUCUCUCCCAACAUCCUCAAGGAUGUGGGUCAAAUGUUCCUCUCCAUACGAUGUGUGGUAUUCUUUAUAUGGUGCGUUUUUAUAGGUCUGGGCACGGCCCUCAUAUGGAAUUUCCUGUUUUGGCAUUUAGAAGAAUUGGCCGGCUGUGAGGAAACCUCCAUGAAGACAUUGCAGGGUGCCGUUAUGGCCAUACAAUGUUUUUGCGGGGAAUUGCCGUUUUUCUUUUUCUCCGGCUGGAUUCUUAAGAAAAUCGGGCAUGUUAAUGCCAUGAGUCUGGUGCUGUUUGGUUUUGGUGUACGUUUUAUAUUGUAUUCAAUGUUGCAGGAUCCCUGGUAUGUGUUGCCCAUAGAAUUAAUGAAUGGUGUGACAUUUGGUUUGUUUUAUGCCACCAUGGCCUCCUAUGCUAGUAUAGUGGCACCGCCCGGCACCGAAACCACCAUGCAGGGUCUUGUGGGCGCUAUAUUCGAAGGUGUUGGCGUCUCCAUGGGCAGUUUUAUAGGCGGUUUAUUGUUUGAGUCCGUGGGACCGGGUCAUACCUUUGAAAUAUUUGGCGUUAGCGCCUUUAUUGCCUUCAUUGUUCAUGUCUGUGUGCAAAUGUAUUUGCAACGUCAUCAUUCUAGUACUGAUAGUGAUAAUGGAACAGUUAAAUAUUUAGCGCCUACUGAUGCCAUGCAUAUGCUUAACGAUCACGAAUAUAUAAUAACGUAGAUGGACUGUGUUAUUUGUUGUUUUAAUUUAAUCAAUAAUUUUCCUUUAUAAGUUUUGUGUGUGCGUAUUAUUAAAACAAAAAAAGAAAAAACAAUUAAUUCUAAUUGUGUAUUGUAGUUGUAUUAAACCAAAAUUUCUAAUUCAUUUUAAGUUUUCUUAUUAAAUUCAUAACUUAAUUUUAAAUGAUUUAAUUAUUGAGAACAAACAUUGAAAGUACUUUAAAUUUGUUUCUAAUUUCCAUAAUUUAAACAAACAAAUAAGCAACACCGGAAACAAAAGCAUGUAUUUUAUAUUUAUUAAUAAUUCAAUAAUGUUAAAUGUUAAAUUAUACAUCCCUGAGGGCUUUUCCAUCUCUGGUCUUAUAAAACCUCCUAGUGGCAACCUUUAACUUUUGCUCAUUAUCUUUUGUUGACAUUUGAGCAUUUGAAAGAGAAAGUAAGUAGAGUUGCCUGCGUUGUUUCAUAUGGCCUCUAGAUCAGUGAUGUUCAAAAAUAAAAAUGAAGAUAUUUGGUGAGAGAGCUACCCAGCAAACAUAAUGUCAAACACUUAAAAUAACAACAAAAUGAAGAAAGUUUAAAUUUAGAAUUUUUGUCAAAUAAAACCAAUUUAUUAAAUGAAUAUAAUUUAAAUUUUAAGGAAAUGAAACAAUAUACAUUAUACGGCCGAAAUACUCUCAAAUUUUUUAUUUAUUUUUAACUUUGUUUUUUUGUGUUCAAUUGUAAUUGAAACACGUGUGUUUGCUAUGCUUCAUCCAAAAACCAACCAACAACAAUGCUUAUUGAAUUUCUGAAAAAAUGAGACAUUUAUUACGCUCUUUAAAAGAGCGUAACAAAUGUGUUUAAAUUUUUUAAACAAUUGUUGUAUGGGAUGAACAUCACUGCUCUAGAUAAAAAAAAGCCCUCAAGGACAUUUUACCAAGUACUUUAGUUGUUUUUGAAAAACAAAAUUAGCAUGUUUUUAAAACUUUAUAUUUAUCUAACGAAUUUCUAUAUAAGUAUACAAAAUAUUUAUAAUAAUUUUUAAACAUAAAGCAACUGCAUGUAUAAACUGGUCAUUUUUAAAGUAUUUUUUUUUUUUGUAAUUUUAAAUUCAUUAUUUUUUUUAAUUUAAUUUAUUAAUUUUAUUUAAUGUAAUUUUGAAUGUGGUUGUUUGAAUUUUAUACUUUCCAUUUUUUUCAUAACAUAUUUAUGUAUUUAAAAAACACCAAAGUUUUUUUUUAACAGAAAAAUUGUAUAUUUAAAUUUUUCUAUAAAAGGUUUUUUAGCUAUAAAAUUUAAUUAAAUAAACUAAUUGAAAUAUAUAUUUUUUUUAAAUAAUAGUAUAAUAUAUAUAUUUGUUAUAAGUUUAUAAAUAUAUUUAAAUAUAUAAAAAAAUGGGUAACAAUUAAAAAUUUAUUUAUAUAUAAAAAUAGAUUUUUUUUAUAUAAAAAUUAUUUAGUAGUCUUAUUUUUUUUAAAUUAAUUAUAUUUUAUUGCGGUUGUUUGCCAAUUAAAGAUUCUUCCUGCUGCUGUUUUUGUAAUUUACGCUGUAAUUCUUUUUCUUUGCACGUUUGUAUAUUAAUGGCUCUUUUCUAUAAUAAAGUUUUAAAAAAUUAAUAAAAUAAUUUGCUAAAAAGCAUGUUUUUAGAAAAGAAAACUAAAA